AUGACGAACUUCGAAGUGCAGGGCAACUAUCUGGAAGCCCUCACUAGCUUCGUCUUGCCACACCUAAGGGAUUGGACAAGCUUACUGCUCAUCUACGCUCUGGCGAUCCGCAAAAUGCAUGAUCCAUCCUACCUCGAUGGUAUUGCAGACUACUUCCAGAGCGUGGCCGGCGGUAAGGGCAACUUGCGGCAUCUGGCUGACCCCAAGUCUAGUACCGCCAAUGAGCAGCAUGAGCAGUCGUGGAAAGAGAAUCUUUCCCAGGUGAAGCAUCUCAUCGCCGUCGGUGCCCUCGAUGAGCAUCGUAGUGCUAGAUGGGGGGAGAUGCUGGAAUGCGAUGUGUAUGUCGGA